AUGCAAGGCAUGCAAGGGCAACAACCAACCGCUCCUACUCCUCAGGCUGCAGCAGGGCCUGACUUUCGUGCUUUCUUUCGGAUGGAUCUGCCAGAGUUCUUGGGUGGCUUAGACCCUGUGAUUGCGCAUGAUUGGCUAUAUGCUAUGGAGAUGAUAUUCCAGGCUAUUCAGUGCACAGAGGAAGAGAAGGUGAUUUUUGCUGCUCAGAAAAUGAAGGGGCCAGCAGGUAGAUGGUGGAAUACGGAGUCUACGUAUUUCACUAACCGAGGGAUUCCAAAGGAUUGGAAACAUUUCAAGACAGCUUUCUUGGGGAAGUACUAUCCCAACAGUGUGCGUGCUUUGAAGGAGCGUGAAUUUCAAUCUUUCAAGCAAGGAAACAUGUCGGUAUCUGAAUAUGCUGAGAAGUUUGAGGACAUGGCUGCCUAUUCCAGACAAGCUGCCUAUGCACCAGAUGAGUUGUGGAAGAUUUAUCAGUUCCUUAUGGGGCUGAAUGCUGAUAUUGUGCACAGUGUGUCUCAAAGGGAGUUUACCACCUAUGCUGAGUGUUUGAGGCAAUGCUAUGUUGCCGAGAACAUAUUGAAGAGAGUCCAAGAUGAAAGAGAACAGAAUAAGCCGGUUCGUAGGGAACAAGGAAGGUCGGGGCAGCAUUUGAAACCCCGCAAUUCUCCAGCCAUGAAGAAGUAG